AUGGAGCUGAUUGUAAUUUUAGGUAUUGUGGUACUGAUGUACGUGGUGCUUCUGUUUUUCGACGGAUUUUUUAAGAGUUGCAUGCACUAUCCGUACGAUGCAUUCCUGCGAGGGACUGGACUGACGGUAAAGUUCCUUCGGUUGCAGUGGCACACAACCGCACUGAACCGGUCCAUCGUUAAAUGGAGCACGAAGUAUCCGAAAAUACUUGACUGCAGUUUCAAUAUCGGUGUCUACCUGAGCCUAGUUCUGAUGCCAUUCGCAGUAGUGAUGAUCGUCAUAUCUUCCUUGCAAACGAAUCUUCACGGACAAUCCGCACGGGUAGUCACUUCGGGCGGAACCGGUGGAGAUUCUCGCACAGCCGGCCGGCGCUCGAUGGUUGAGAUCGAUCUGGUAGUGCCGGGCGUCAAUUUACCCGUCAACGAAAUCGGGUACUACAUUGCAGCCUUAGCCAUCAACAGUGUAGUGCACGAGCUUGGCCAUGGGCUAGCAGCCGUACUCGAGGACGUGCAGAUUAAAGGCUUUGGACUGCACGUGCUGCUGAUCAUACCGAUGGCCUACACGCAACUCGAUUCGGAUCAGCUGAACACGCUUCGAUUGUGGAAAAAGUUGCGCGUACUGUGUGCCGGCAUCUGGCACAAUUUGGUGCUGGGUUUUUUCACGUACCUGCUAUUUAUCUCCACCCCGCUACUCUUCUCGGCGCUCUAUCGCACCAGUGACGGUGUAAUUGUGACGUCACUUAAAAACAACUCUCCAAUGGCCGGAUCACGAGGACUCGAGCAGGGCGAUAUUAUAAAAUCGAUCAACAACUGCGAAAUCCAUCACGAGGAAAGUUGGUUCGAAUGUUUGCUGCACACAAUUCAUUCACCACCGGCGUACUGUGUUUCGACGGAUUUCGUCCACCUGAACGAUGAAUCCGUACCGAUGUCGCACAAAAAUGAUGGAUUGAUCGAGUGCUGCGGUAGCGAAAAUACAGCGUCCAGCUGCUUCGAGUACAUGGUCGAUGCGAACGAGGACGAUGUAGCGUUACCGCAGCACAUGUGCCUAAACAUACGCAAAACGAUCGAAAAUAGUUUCGGCUACUGCCAGCAUAACGGCCAAUGUUCGGAAGGACACUGCUUUAAGCCGAGCAUCAACAACUACACCACGAUCAUGCAGAUACGGCGCGAAUCCAAACCGGACGUCAUCUACAUCGGUCAUCCAGGCGAUGCGACCAGGACGGUUCGAGUUUCGCGGUUCGUACCCAAGACGGGGCUGUUUGCGCCACGCUUUGCCGAUUCGAUUCAGCUAUUGCUCAAGUAUGUGACCGUGUUUGCGAUCGGAUUAGCGUUCAUCAAUGUUAUGCCGUGCUAUGGCUUUGAUGGGCAACACAUCGUCAACACGCUGCUUUCGGACGGUACCAUCCAGCAGAGGAUACCGCAGAAAAGUAAGCGUGACAUGAUUUCGCUCGUCGUUAACGUUGUAGGCACGUUGUUCGUGUUCAUACUGCUUAUCAAAGUGUUUUGGCUGUCACUAUAUCGGGUAUUGUCUGUGUAA